CCAUUCGACAUUGAAACAUCUCACCAUCGUCGAGAUGACGACGGAGUACUACAAAGAAGACGAAGGGAUUCAUUUUGAUCCAACGUACGAAGAAGUCAUCCACGAGUAUCUUAAACCGAAGCUAAGAGGUGAAGACUGUGGAGACUUCAUAUUGAUGAAGGAUGUUUAUGCCAAGGAGCCAUGGCUGCUGGACCAUCCCAACAAUUCUUUUUUCAAGGAAGACGAAUGGUACUACUUCUCAACAAGGACUCAGAUCUCCGAGAAGAAGAUUGGUCGUGGUAUCUACCCGAAGCGGAAGAUAGACAACAACGACGGCAUCGACCGCGGGAACUGGAGGAUAAAUGCGAAAGAAGAUAUCAUCGACAAGGAUACAGGGGAUAUCAUUGGGAUCAAGAAAAACCUAACGUAUAAGGGCACCAACACGAACAAGAAGCAGAAGAGAGGAGACGGUGCUUCUGCUCCAAGCAGCGAAAGCGGCUGGAUUAUGGACGAGUUUGUAAUUGUGUUACCGAAACCGGACGAAGAUAAGUUUCAGGAGCUAGUCGUCUGCAAGAUUCACAAGAAAAAGGAGUCCAAGAAGGACAAGAAGGACCAUCAGCAUGAAGCUUCUUCUUCCUCAGAGCAGCAGCCGAUCAAGAAAAGGAAGUCCAAGAAGUCCAAGAAGGAGCAUGAGUCUGUUCUAGCUGCGUCUUCCGAGCAGCAGCAACCAUUAUUAUGCGGUUGUAAUGAAUCAGAGAUUCCGAAGAUAGCAUCAUCUCCUUGUUCUGCUGCGGAAACAGAGAGAAACGGGGAGCAGAGUGGAGAAGGAAACAUGGUUCACCAAACAGAGAAGAAUGCCAUGGAGAUGACACGGGAAGAAGAAGGAGAUUGGAUUGCCGAUGGUGAUAUAUUUGUAAACCGCCGAUAUCGUGAUCAACCAUACUCUUGGAUUUGAGAAUCAGUAGACAAGCCGAUGAAUCAGUAUGAAGCUCUCUACUUCACGAAAACCGUUCAACAUUCUUGAAGAGAAGAUUUUAGAUAUCGUAGUUAACUCUUCUUUAUUUAUAAUUGUAUCGUGAGAUGAUGACUCUGCUACAGUCAAUUUGUUUAGUAAAUUUAAUGUUACGCU